CCAGCCCAACAAGACACCCCCCUCUAAGUUCUUCAUUUUAUCAUUGGUAUAGACCGGGCAGUUUUUUUUUUUUUGUGUGUUGACACCCACAGUUUGACCGUUUGACGUCAGUUCGGUCGCCAGUCACUAACAGGGUCCGCUUGUGGAUACGUUGGACCAAGACAGAAACUUGAGGACAGCAGAAAUUAAGACAAAAGUUUAACAACAUUAAUUCCUAUAAGGACGUGGCUACAGAACAGUCUGAUUGGGAUAGAGAUUAGCUGGAAAGGAUCUAUGGACUUGUUCUGAUCUGGGUGAACUGGAGCGAUGAGCCACAGCCCUUGCCCAAACAAGUUAGACAACCGUCCUCAGAAAACGUCAUUCUUUAUAGUCAAAAUCAUUGUUUCAUAUACCACAAUGACGUCAUAAGUGAUCGCUUUCGUGACGUCAUGAUAGAGUAUUUAAAAACUUCAAGGGGAAACAAUAGCUGAGAGACAAUCACCUCGAACUCAUUCUUCAAUAACUUGUCUAGACAGCAUACGCAAAUAGAUGGACAUUGGAAGAAGUGUUGGAUUGGAACUCGACUGGUUUGAAUAACGUCACAAAGGAGACUUUUUGUUUACUGUCCAGUUCUAUUGGAGAGUACAUCAAAGACUACCUCUACAUCCUAAUCACAAGUCCUGUCCAGUGGUUCGUAGAGCUCACAAUGUUGACCCAAGAUGACCACAGCGGGUGGUUAUGAUGUACUCCUCUGGUCAGUCAUUGUCAAUGGUCAGUAGGAUGGAUGUACAGCUCAACUCCAAGACCAGUCAUAAGUCUUCUCCACUGACCGUGGGAGCACCAUUAAACGUUGGAACACCUCUGAGCGUUGGUUCGCCCCUGAGCGUGGGAUCCCAUCUCUGUGAAGACGGCCGAGCGUACGUCACAGACCCAGUGACGGGAAGACAGAUCUGCAUGUGCAGUUUGGGGGCCGGAGCCGACGCCCACUUCCCACAUGUCAACAUGAGCCAUGAAGCACGCAAGCAGGGGGCUCUAUCUGCUUCUGGUGGCCCCCAUUGUAUGGGAUUCGACACUUCAGCCUUUUGCUCCCCAGUACUACGUGGACUGCCAAUGAGGCCUGAGAGAAUCCCACCAUAUUUGACCGCUGGCCUCCCUGGUCAUUCCAUGGCUUUUGACCCGGCACUGGCUGCACAUCCGUAUGGACUAUUAUAUCCAGGAAUGGACAUGAACGGACCAAUGAGAAAAGCAGCCACAAGGGAGACAACAGGACCCCUUAAAGCUUGGUUGAACGAACACAAGAAAAACCCAUACCCGACAAAAGCGGAGAAAAUUAUGUUGGCCAUCAUAACAAGGAUGACCCUAACGCAGGUCAGCACUUGGUUCGCCAACGCCCGCAGACGUUUGAAGAAAGAGAACAAACUGUAUCCAGGAGACAGAGAGAGCCGAGCAGAGGAUGAUUACGACGACGAUGAUGACGACAUGGACAGUCAGAAGGAUGGAAGUGGGCCGCAUAGAUCAGACUCUGACAAGAUGAACGGAGCAAACAGUGAUAAUGAGGAUAUCAAUGUCGACGACUCUGAUGACACUGGAGACGACGCUGAUCUCCUCCUCGACAAAAACUCAGUUCGUGGCUUCGGUGCCAGUUUUCUUUACCCUCAGGGUCCAGGUCAUUCCUGGUCAUCAUCUGGAUCAGAUGUGUCGCCUUUGGAUGAAACCUCCAUCUCAAGAGACGUUGCUUCCAACUCGGUGAUGAGAAACGGAAGUAGUGACAGUGGUUCAACGCCCCAAACCGAGUCCCCAAGUCAAUCGAAGACCGGUUCGGCGCCGAAACCCAAAAUCUGGUCCAUUUCCGAGAUUAUCGGCACGGCCUCAGAGACUCCGGCGAGUGCUCCGGGCCCGGUGCAUGGCAGCAGACUCAUGCCGCAGCUAAUCAUCCCAAACCCGUUUCUCCCUUCGCACUUGUCUUCCUUGCACAUGAACCCAAGCUCAAUGAUGUCAUCGUUCUCGUCGUCACUGACGUCAUCGCACAGCUUUCAUCAUCAGCUAACCACAAUGCCCGGUUUGUUCCUCCCGAUGCACGAUCCGCUCUCAUCGGCUCCAUCUUCCUCCUCCUCUUCUGCGGCAGAACAUUACAAACAUCAUCGUCACUACAACAACAUAUCACCAGCAGGCUCGCGAUCGCCUGCAAACAACAGCAUGACCCCAAGCCCCGAUAAAGAUACUUCAGACACAACUCGCGGGCAUGAACAUUCCAAAACAGUCAAGGGUGAUAACUCGGAAUCUCACGAGGCGUCAGAAGUGAAGCUUGAAGACAACGCUAAGAGUAAAGAUUUGGCGGGAAAUUACUUAUCAAGAGCUGGUAACUCUGAAAGACUUUCUCCACAUUGCCAUUCAACUCGAAACAAAAUGAUUGCACACCACUCUCCGCCGCACACAUCCAAUCUGAACUCUACUAGGACUUCCCUUCACGUGACCACAGACAGGAAAGACGUCACUAGUGUCGCAAAUAGGAUAGUCACGUCUGCUCAAAAAGAGACAGCUCUUUAUUCUGAAAGACCGGGUCACGGAGACCUAGCAUUAAAUCUCCAUAAAGCUUUAGACAACUAGCCUAACCUAGUUUAAAACUCUCACUCUACUACCCGCCCAGACUGAAAAGGUGUGAUUGGACAAUUCAGAAUCUCGAAGUUACGUCCACAAGAAAGCGACAAACGUUGAAGCUCAAUGCAGAUCUUUCGAUCUAGGUCAGUGAACUACAAAAUAUAUGGGCAUCGACAGUCGAACAAAAUGAUGCCAUAGGAUUGUGUGACAAGAGACGAAGUCUGUUUCCAAACAGUUGCUUUCUGUCUUGCAUUAAAAGGUAGUAAACACAGCGAGGAUGAACUUUGAACUCUGAGCUAUUCUACCCAAAGUUAUGCGGUUCACUUUGGUCCAUUACUGUUGAGAAUGAGUUUAGGGAUGCGAUAAGUAAUUAGACAAAGUCACUGAAAAUAUAUUUAAAAAUUGAACAAAAAGGCUCAUUUGCUGAACGUCCAUUCAUUUGGUGGUCCAUUCUGAAUGCAAGACACAAAAGAUAUAACAUUAUUUUUUUAAGUUCCUUCGUCUACCUUGAUGGUCUACCUUGAUGGUCUACCUUGAUGGUCUACCUUAAUGGUCUACCUUGAUGGUCUCCCAUCACUUGAUGGUCUACCUUGAUGGUCUACCUUGAUGGUCUACCUUGAUGGUCUACCUUGAUGGUCUCCCAUCACUUGAUGGUCUACCUUGAUGGUCUACCUUGAUGGUCUACCUUGAUGGUCUCCCAUCACUUGAUGGUCUACCUUGAUGGUCUACCUUGAUGGUCCUACCUAAGACAAAAUAUACAUUCUGUUAUCACUUAGUUUUUCUCUCUACACAUCUGUUCUUGUUAAAUCCAACCACGAAGGAGGAACGUCUGUGUUGUUCUAUGAUUUUAGGUUUAGCUUUUGUUUUGAAUCGUAGAAAAAAGCUGAAGGCUAGAACAUUGAGAUUUGGUUCAAGUUUUGAACAGUAACUUGAUUGUAUUAUUUAUAAACUGUUUUGGGAGCUUAAAAAAAAAUCAAAUGAAAAUGACUACUAGUUAUCCAAUCCAUUGUCAAGUAGUAUUUAAUUUAUCAAUUCGAUUAAACGAUGUUUAAAAAUUUAAAAAUAAAAUAAGUCUGGUACUACUUAAUGCACCAUCUUAGUAUUGUCUGUUUUGUGAUCAUUAAAAAAAGUAAUGGUUUAGAAUCUCAGUGAUAAGCAGCUCUAUUGUAUGAUAUUUCUUGGGGGCGCAUUUUUUUUUAAUGGAACAAAAGAUUAAGGCCAACAUUUUUAGUUCUAUAUUUUUCAUGUAUAAGAAUUAAAAAAAAAAAGUGCCAUUUAAAAAAGAAGCGGGUUGCUUGAAUCAGCAAGUAAAAGUAUUGACUGUUAAAUUGAAAGUUUGCAACUCCGAAAUGUAUACACUGGACAUCGUCAGCUUCUUUCUGUAGGUUACGUCUGUAAUACCUAAAAUAACAGAUCCAAUCAGCUUCUUUCUUGAAGAGACCUACGUAACACAUAUAAUAAUAGGUCCAAUCAGCUUCUUUCUUAAAGAGACCUACGUAAUACGUAUAAUAAUAGGUCCAAUCAGCUUCUUUCUUGAAGAGACCUACGUAAUACGUAUAAUAAUAGGUCCAAUCAGCUUCUUUCUUGAAGAGACCUACGUAAUACGUAUAAUAAUAGGCCCAAUCAGCUUCUUUCUUUCUUGAAGAGACCUACGUAAUACCUAAAAUAAAAGAUCCAAUCAGAAGCUUUGUUAAUAUGUUUUGAAUUGAUUGAAACAAUUUUUUAAAACCCCAAAUCUGUGAUUGUGUAAAUUUACUGGGGCAGCUCAUUCAGCCUGUUACAUAAGUGAUAGUGUGGCCAAUACAAAUUUAAAAUAAGUUUUACUUUCUAAUCUCAAAGAAUCAGGAAUGUCAGUUAGCUUUUUGAGGAAAAAAAAAACAAUUUUUAGGAAACGCAUAAAAAAGAAACAAUUUUUUGCAUCAUUGUACUUCUGUAGCAUUUUCUGCCCCCCCCCCCCCCAGCCCUCUAUUGUUUUAUAAGCCUAUAAUGUAAUGUACCAUUAACCCUAAUCAUUUUAUACUCUCAAUAUCACUCUCCCCUUCAGGGUCAAUUUUGGUUUGUAAAAUGGGAUAAUAAAAUGUGUGUCUAAACAUUGCUACAUUCUGUAUGAGUACUUGUGUGUGUGUGUCUAAACAUUACUACAUUCUGUAUGAGUACUUGUGUGUGUGUCUAAACAUUGCUACAUUCUGUAUGAGUGAUUGUGUGUGUGUGUGUGUGUGUCAUUGUAAUGACAUGUUAUUGUGAAGAUAGACAUACGUAUGUAAAUAACGCGGCUUGUUGUAUGUACUAGUGUGUCUCACAUGCAGCACGAGACUAGUAAAUGUACUGAUGUCAGGAAGAGGGUGAACUUCAGUGAUGUCAAGAACAAGCCACAUAUUUGUCAAGUGGGACAAUUAAAUGUUUCAUGAAGACUUAACCAAGAAGUUUUGUUUUCUUGUUUACCUUAGCAGAUUUGUACAAUUGUUUCUAAUCUAAUGAAAAGUUGUUUUUUUUUUUUCAGUAAACCAUUAAUCAGUGCUUAGAUUAACUCAACUCUAUCUUAAAAGCUACAUCAGCUCAUCUCCCUUAAGAGCUAGAUCAACUCCUUGUCUUUAAUUCCUAGUCCAACUUAUUGCCUUAAAUACUUUGCUGAAAUCAUCUCCUUUUAUGCCUUGAUCAACAACACAUUGCCUUUAAUGCCUAAAUGAAAUCAAUGCAUUUAAUGUUUUCAUCAACUCAUCGCCCUUGUUGCCUAGGUCAAUUUAUUGCUCAUAAUGCUAGAUCAACAUAUUGCCCUUAAUAUAAAUAACAACUUAUGGCCUUAAAUUAACUCACUCAUCGCCUUUAAUACAUAGAUGAACUUGAUCACCAUAAAAACUUAGAUCAACUGAUCACCCUAAAAACUUAGAUCAACUCAUCACCCUAAAAACUUAGAUCAACUCAUCACCCUAAAAACCUAGAUCAACUCAUCAAUCUAAAAACCUAAAACAACUCAUCACCCUAAAAACCUAGAUCGACUCAUCAAUCUAAAAACCUAAAACAACUCAUCACCCUAAAAAACCUAGAUCAACUUAUCACCCUAAAAACCUAGAUCAACUCAUCAAUCUAAAAACCUAAAACAACUCAUCACCCUAAAAACCUAGAUCGACUCAUCAAUCUAAAAACCUAAAACAACUCAUCACCCUAAAAAACCUAAAACAACUCAUCACCCUAAAAACCUAGGUCGACUCAUCCCUUCAAUAUCUACAAUGUUAUCAUUAGCAAUCAUUUCUAUUUUUCUUAUCUUUGUCUUUUACUUUGCGUUGUUUCACAGAAAUAGCAGCAUGGCGUUGUAAUGAAACGUCCAGAUCUAGAUCA